AUGUCCAACCGAACAAGAAACAGGCCUGCCUUCCACUCAAAAGAGACAGCAGGUGGUAACCAACAAAAAGAAGCCAUUGUACUGAAACCUGCUCAACUUGCACCUGACCUGAUGAUGAAACGAUUCUGGGCAUCUGUUGAUUAUCCAUUUAAUCAUUUUACUGAAAAACUUCCCAUUCACCAUCGUGGUAUAGGUCCAUCAAAACGUCAGACUAACCCAAACUGCACUUUGUCUCCAGAACAAAGCAGCCCUGAACCAUUUGCAGCAGAAGAGGAAAUUCGAUUUUCACGUACAUCUUCAAGAAGUGCAUUUUCUCCUGCAAAUCAUAACCACCCAAAAAACAAUCCUGUCUUUUUACCAGGGGAUCGUGUGAUAUUCAUGGAAAGCCCAGUCGUCCCUGGUGUGCCUGUUGUUUACCGAACAUCUGAAGAAAAGGCUGCUAAUCCUGACCGGCUCAACUUGGACAGGCGUCGCCUAACUGUGUGUCCCAUCCUGGAGGGAGAGGAACAGCUGCGCCUGCUAAAUUACCAACAUAAUCUCAUCCAAAAGAUACAACAUGUUGGCUACUUAAAGAAACUCAUUUUUCUUGAUCUUUAUGACAACCAAAUUGAGGAAAUUCAAGGAAUUAGUAGUCUGAAAUCCCUACGGGUACUUAUGCUUGGUAAAAACAAAAUCAAGAAGAUUCAAAACUUGGAUUCUUUAUCAAAACUUGAUGUACUUGACCUCCACAACAAUCAGUGUGAUAUUGACAAUUUGCCUUCACUACAACGUUUGUUUCUCAGCUUCAAUGAAAUCAGUAGUUUCGACUCCAUCUCCAGUCUCUCAGAUUCAACAUCUUUGUCAGAAGUAUCUUUGGAUGGCAAUCCUAUUGCAAUUGAACAAAAUUACAGGCAGACGCUUUUACAUCACAUGCAGCAACUCAAACUCCUAGAUAUGCACCGAGUAUCAGAAGAUGAACGAAGGGUCGCCUUAGUUAUUGCUCGUAAAGAAGAAGAAAAGAAGAGAGAACAAAGAAAAAUAGCCAUAAUGAAAGAGAAGCGCCGAGCAGCCAUCACAAAUGCAAAGUGUCAGUGGGAAGCCAUCCAGGGCAGUAUGAUGUCCCGUUCUGGUAAGCUGUCCAAAAUACCAGAUCUAUAUGCACAACAUGUAGCCACUUAUCCUUCAUCGAAUACACAAGACAUUUUGCACUGUGAGUCUCUGGCUACCAAUGCCAGCCAUCUUGGUUCUGGUAACAGGGAAGAGGCCACUGUAGAAGAAAGUUUUGUUUUGCAUGGAAAGAUGGAAAAACAGCCCCAAAGACCAGAGAGUGCUCAUAGUGUGCAUACUGAUAUGUCUGCUCUGACUUCAGCAAGCAAUUCAGAUCCUCAGACUCAAAAGAUGGACAUUUCAAAAAGUUCCAGUGCAAAGACUCGCAACGAACAAAAUAAAAAUACCAAAGAAACUAUGAUUUUUAGAUCAACAGGUAAGGUUGGCUCAGGAAUGGGUGAUAUUAACAACCUGGCUGAAUUGGAUUGUAAUUGUCUUUCCUUGUAUGGAUCAGCUUCAUUAGAGGCUCUUGAUCGUAACUGGGGUGUACAAUCAGCAGGAAUGGUUAACACUGUGGUGUUCAACUUCAUUGAUUUUGAUGAGAUUGUGAAACAUGUGCACAAAUUAAGAUCCCGCUUUCCAAGCCUUGCAAAUUUAAUUUUUAACUCCUGCAACAUCCAUUCAUUUUCACAACUUAAUGGGCUUGCUAAUCUGCGAAGGUUGGAUUCUCUGACAAUAGAUUCCACAAACCCAGUGACCAAAUUCACUCUUUGGAAACCAUAUCUUUUGUUUCGUUUGGCCCACCUGUCUCCAAAGAACAUCAACAAUGAAGAUGUAAAUGCAUCAGAUAUUGUUGAGGCAGAAAACCUUUUUUCCCCGCUUUCCAGUAUAACAUCAGAAUUAACCCUAUCGCAUCUUCUAUUUUUGUUGGGUGAGUCAAAAAAGAAGCAAAUUUUAUCUGCAUUGGAAGACAAAAGUAAAAAAUCCUCUGACUUGAAACUUUACGCAAAAACUCAGGAAGAUCUACUGGCACGAUCAACUCUGACUUACUCAGUUUCUGAAUGUAACACAGGAAAACGACAGAAGCUACUUUACAAACAGCGAUUGGCAAAGAAUUAUGUGACUGAAAUCUCCAAGAGCAUUCUUUAUGCUGACAAAAAGCGAACAGAAGUUUACAAGAUUUGGCCUCAGUUAUUCCAAGAACUUUUGAUGAUGGCAGUGAGAGAUAUGAAUGAUAUUCAUGCUUACAAGAAGAAAUGGUUGGAAAAUAUCGAGAAAUCUCUGUGA